AUGUGUAACCUGAUGACUGACCUCAACAUCAGCUGCCCCUCAAACUGGACAGAUCAAGGCACGACCACACAGCUUCCCACUUUCAACACAGCGGCCAAAGUGCGAGUCAUCAUCACCUUCAUCCUGUGUGGUGUAUCCGCCUUCUGUAACCUGGCCGUGCUGUGGGCCACAUACUCUGAUGGCAAACGCAAGUCUCAUGUCCAAGUGCUGAUCAUGAACCUGACUGUGGCAGAUCUGCUGGUGACCUUCAUAGUGAUGCCAGUGGAUGCUGUUUGGAACAUCACUGUCCAAUGGCUGGCUGGGGACAUUGCCUGCAGGCUCCUGAUGUUUUUUAAGUUGCAAGCUAUGUACUCAUGCGCCUUUGUGACUGUAGUGAUCAGUCUGGAUAGGCAGUCGGCCAUCCUCAACCCUUUGGCAAUCAACGAGGCUCGAAAGAGGAACCAAGCGAUGCUCACCGUAGCGUGGGGCAUGAGCUUAGUGCUGUCAGUGCCACAGUUGUUCAUCUUCCACAGUGUGACCAUCUGCCAUCCCAUGCAUUUCACUCAAUGCACCACGCGAGGGAGUUUUGGCCUCCAAUGGCACGAGACGGCCUACAACAUGUUCACCUUCUCCUGCUUGUUCCUCCUGCCGCUGGUCAUCAUGAUCACCUGUUACAGCCGGAUCUUCUGCGAAAUAUCCAAACGUUUGAAAAGAGACAACUUGCCACAAAAUGAGAUGCAUUUGCGGUGUUCCAAAAACAACAUUCCCCGAGCCCGGAUGAAGACUCUGAAGAUGAGUAUCGUCAUUGUGGUGUCAUUUAUUGUGUGCUGGACUCCGUACUAUCUGCUGGGGCUCUGGUACUGGUUCUGUCCUGAUGACCUUGAGGGAAAGGUGUCUCUGUCGCUGACGCACAUCCUCUUCAUGUUUGGCCUGGGAAAUGCUUGCCUCGAUCCCAUCAUCUACGGCCUCUUCACCAUCCACUUUAGGAAAGGACUCCGUCGGUUUUAUCACAAGGCCAUGGCACCAUCAGACACUGAGAAUAACACAGUAAUAACUGGAUCUUUUACAAGCAAUGUCAACUCAUUGCAACGGAAGAAGGAGGUAAGCCACAGCGCCAAGGAGAGCUUUGUCAUGUUAAGCAAAAAUUAUCUUCUGCAAAACAAUGCAGACACUAAUGAUGAGAGCAUCUUAUGA